CUGCCAAGUUUUUUACAAAGUGUAUAUGUGAGAGGGAAGGUGUUUCAGGCGUUAGCAGAUCCAGAGGCCCUAUCUAUACCUUUGGCAAGUUUCUGUGAUCCGUGGUUCACCGAGGCAGCAUUCGAACAAGAAAAAGGAAAGUUGUACUCACUUCUGCAAUUCAAUUCUACCACUUAUCCACCCACGGUUACUCCUGAAAGUGUCAUAGAUAACCAGUCGAAACUAAUGUAUCGAAACGUCCUCAAACCGAUGUUCAUCGCAUUCGUGCGGAGGGCAGAAGCAAGCGGAACCGUAGAUGCCAAAGAAUUAUAUAACAAGGUUAUAAGCAGUUUUUAUGACGAGACCGAUAACAUUUCAUGCCCUGAACGAUCUCGGCCAUUACGGUGUUUGCCUGACUUUUUAUACACAAUGGGAUUCCGCUCCUCUGCAAAAGCAAUGCGAUUUGGUAUUGUACGUGCUCUGAUGAAUGCAGAAUCUGAGGGAAUACUGAGAUGCGCACGCGAUGAGCUUGAGGAGUUCUUGUCGGUACCAUAUGCUGAUCAUUACGUUCUCCUUUUCGAGCAUGCUUCUCAUUUAUAUGACCUGGUGAAGACUCUGUGGAGUGUUGUUAGUCAAGUUGCUCGCGACAUGAAUCACAACAAUGCGGCCAACUUGCCACGACUUUCACCUAAAGCUGUGGAAAUGAAUAUAAGGCUGCUGAAAAUGGUGAGGGCUGUGCUACAUUUGUACGCACGAAUUUACGCUGAAAUUGGAAAGGUUCAGGGAGCUGGCUUCCAAGAGCAUGUAGAAUUCAUUAUUCCAAGUUAUAUCAUGCGAGGAAUAAACAUCAUUCCCGUUCUGUGGAGUUUUGCUACGAUUGUUCAAUUUCUUGUCGAUCGUGUCCCUCCACGCGAGGACAUCACUCGAUUACUAACGGAAUCAAUGGUCACAGUUGAGCUUGCAAUCCAUCAGCUGGCUCUUUGGGCACAAUCUGGAUACAAAGAUGCCGAAAAGGUUAUUUUCCUUCCUACUUCUUUUUUAUAUCUAGACUGA